AUGGCAACUGAUUACCCAGUCUCCUAUUCAAGCUGGAACGACAGUGGACUCCCGUCUAUCGUUCUGAUCCACGGUGCGUUUGUAUCUGGCAAUUGGUGGAACCUCGUGGUCCCCUAUCUCUCAACCAGAUAUCACGUUUUGGCCCCCGACCUACCAGGCCACGGCCAAUCGACCCAAGAAGAAUUCUCAGUUCAGUCUGCCGCGGAUUUCCUAGCCCAACUUAUUCGCGACAAAGCGAGUGACUCACACGCACACGUUGUAGGACACAGUCUCGGUGCCCGAAUAGCCAUUCAGCUCGCAUGUGCCUAUCCCGACUUGGUGCAAUCAGUCUUUGUAUCAGGAUUCAUGUCAAUCCCUCGUACCGGCUUCACACCUUACAUUCCCCGUGCGGUAUGGAUGAUGCAGCGUAUCGAAAAUUUGAUACCGAGGUCGGUGAUUCGAUGGGCUAUGAACGGUACCGAUCUUCCUCGCUACACAAGCGCAAGCACGCUUCAGCUUUGCCAACAGAUCAUGACCCCUUCAACGGAAUUGCAAUGGCCGUCGCCUUGGACUGCUAGAACUUUGAUUGUGGUUGCUGCCAAGGGAGGACUAGUGCCCAGUGGUGAUAGCAAGGAGGUUGGUGUGAGGUUGAUGAAGACUGGCCGCGAGGGAAAUCCUAUGACGAUCGCUUACGUCCAUUCGGAAAUGCGACAUCCAUGGAAUCGACAAAACCCGCGGCUCUUUGCGGAUACUGCUAUGGCUUGGAUUGAAGGGGAACCUAUGCCUGAUGGGUUUGAAAAGCUGGUGCAUGAAUGA